GUGCCAGGAGAUAUUAAUCCAGCUAUUGACCGAAGACGUGCUAUAGCUUUGAAACUUAAAACUAGAGUUCAACCUUUUGUUCUUCUGGUUGGACCUACAGUGGAAGAAUACGAGGCUUGUUACUUGAUAAUUGAUGAAGUCAAUGCAUGUGAUAAUAUUUUUGCUGGCCUCUAUAGUGACUAUGAAAGAUUAAAAGCAUUAAAAGAGAGUGAAUUCUAUGUAGCUCCUAUAAGCUAUGUUAUUGGUAGUCAUUAUAGGCCUAGAACACAGAUGAAUAAAACAGUAAUGAGUCAUGAAUUUGAUACUGGUCAAUACAUUCCCAUAACAAAAGUUUUGAAACAUUUUGUAGAAUUACCAGGUUGCUUUGAUGCAAUUGUUUCAAACUUAGAACAUUUGUCUAAAACAGAUGAGCCUUUUUCAAAUGUUGUACAAGGAGAAAUGUGGAAAGAAAAAGUAGCUAAACAUUUCUAUGGUAAAACAGUGCUUCCACUAAUUUUUUUCUUUGACGAUAUGGAUCCAGAUAAUAUCACAGGUUCUCAUGCUGGUCACCACAAAUUAGGAGCACUUUAUUAUAGCAUUGCUUGUGUACCUCAGGAUUAUGCCUCAAAACUUGAAAACAUAUUUUUGGCUUCUUUAUUUCUCUCAGAUUGUAAAGUACAUGGAAAUAUGAAUUUAUUUAGACCAGUAAUACAAGAAUUGAUACAUCUGGAAAAAAAUGGAUUAAUUGUAAAAACUAAUUCAGGAGAGAAACAAAUUUAUUUUAGUUUGUGUCUUUUGCUGGGUGAUAAUUUAGGAAUUCACUCUAUUUGUGGUUUAGCUGAAGGAUUUAAUGCAAACUAUCCAUGUAGAAUGUGCAAGCAUCAUAGGAAUGAAAUUCUAUCUACAACAUCUCUUGCAGUACAUAAAAUGAGAACCAUGCAGAAUUAUGCUGUUGACGUAUUGUCACAAAAUCUUAGUAUGACUGGUAUCAAAGAAAAAUGUGUUUGGGAUAGUAUUCCCAGUUUUUCGUUUGUACAAAGCAUUUGCUUUGAUAUUAUGCAUGAUCUCUUAGAGGGGGUUUGCGGUUAUGAUUUAUCACUUAUACUUUUCGAUUUAAUAUGUAACAAAAAAUACUUUUCUAUAGAGACUCUAAACAAUCGUAUUCUUUAUUUUGAUUAUGGUCCAGUAGAGUCAGGUAAUGCAGUACCACAAAUUACAAAAGAGCACCUCAUUGCUGGUAAACUUAAGUUCUCUUCUUCAGAAAUGUUGUGUUUUGUCAGGCAUUUUGGAUUAAUGCUUGGUGAUUUAGUUCCUGAGGAUGUUGAAAGUUGGCAUCUUUAUUUAAAACUAAAAUCUAUUGUAGACAUAGUUUCGACACCUUAUGUGAACCUUCGAUCACUUAGUUACCUCAGUAUUCUUAUUUCAGAACAGCACGAAAUGUACCUUACUGUCUUUCCCAAUGUUACACUCAAACCUAAGCAUCAUUAUAUGCUUCAUUAUCCUCAAGUCAUGCGUCGAGUUGGUCCCUUAUGGCCUAUCUGUUGUCUUCGAUGGGAAGCCAAACACAGACCUCUUAAACAAGCAGCUCAUGCUACAAAUUCUCGCAGAAACUUGCCUUUGACUUUAGCGAUUAAACAUCAGCUGAAUUUGUGUGCCAGAUUUAUAUCUCAAAAGCCUCUAGGUGAGAAAUAUUGUUUUGGAGUUAAAGAAGAAGUUAGUAUUAGAGAUAGUAAAAAUUAUCAAUCAUUUCGUGAUAUUCUGCCUAAGGAUUUAGAUGAAAUCAUAAAUGUAUUCUCAUGGAUCAGAAUUGCAGGUACUAUUUAUAAGAAAGAAAUGUGUGUAGCUGUAACGUUCCACAAAGACACUGGUUAUCCUGUAUUUGGUCGAAUAAACUUGAUCACGUAUUGCAAAAAAUCUAAUGCUGUAUAUUUUCUUUUAUGUAUGUUUGAAACCGUGGAUUUUGUGGAACAUCUUUGUAGUUAUGAAGUGAUCGAAGGUUCCUCUGAAUGGAACUUUACUAAAUUUGACGAUUUAAUCGUACCCACGCCGUCUCAUUGUAGAGUUGGAGCGAGAAGUCCUUCUAGUUUUAUAACAUUCCGUCAUGCGUUUGUGUAA